AUGCUCCACAGCAUAGGAUUGGCGACAACAGAACAACAACAACACACACACCUGAAUAAGCUUCUCCUGCAGCCUGGUCAGCUCCGCGAAACGCAGCUCCAUCCUGUGUAUCUCUUUUCUCAUGGCCGCCGCCACGUCCUGUCCCACCUCAGGAUCCAGCACCUGACAAGAUUUGGAGAUGUUUCACGUGGAUAUUGCAUUUCAGGCGUCCUGAGCGAGGGAUGUUACCUCCUGCAUCUCCUUCUCCAGCUGGAUGCGCCGCUCCCACAGCAUGAUCUCCCUCUCGCAGUCGAUGAUGUCCGACAACACGCACCGCUUCUCCUCCCUUGCUGCAUCGAUCUGCGACUCAAGCCUCGAGGCCGCCUCCUCCAUGUCCUUGAGCUCCGCCAUGACCUCGUUCUCGAGGUUGAAGUUGUCGUUUUGGAGGACGGCCUGCAGCUGGGUGUUCUUGGCGAUGACGGCGUUCAGGCGCUGGAUGUAGGAGUGCAUGUGCUGCAUGCCCACACCCAGGGCCUUUAUUUCGCUGGUGUGGUGGGACAGCCUGAGAAGAUCGAUGUCCAGACGUCAAAUAGAAUAUCUUUCCACGAGCUCCAUCUGGAAGCCAACCCAUCGGCGCUGCAGCUCCUGCGCCUCGACACCUUUCUUGUUGAUCUCCCUCUGCAGAUUGUUGAUGGUGGCCUCCAAAGGGCCAGUGGACUCAUCCUGUGUCGAUAG